AUGUAUCACAUUGAACCCAUCUGGGAUGCCAGGUCGUCGCUAUGCUUAGCUGCUACAAUCGUGGCAAUGCUGGUCUUGAUUGGAAUUGGCGUGAUUAUGUACAACAUCUUCCUCCAUCCAGCGUCCAAGUUCCCGGGACCAACUAUCGCUGGUGCCACCAGUCUCAGGUACCAUUGGGCCAUGUCUACGGGGAACGUCGCGCCGUGGUUACGGGAACAGCAUGCUAGAUACGAUGAGAUCGUGCGUAUCGCUCCAGACAUGAUCAGCUACGUGAACCCCGACGCUUGGAGAGACAUAUACGCCUACAAGCCCGGUAAAAAGGAGCAGAACGGGAUCGACUGGACCAUUCCGUCUCGCGACGAUGAUGUUCCCAGCAUGUUCUCGGAGGCCAAUGAUGCGGAGCAUAACCGUGUCAGACGUCUCUUCUUGCCUGCUUUCUCUGACAGAGCUCUGAAACAGCAGGAACCUCUCCUUUCAAAGUACAGUGACCAGCUUAUUGACCUAAUUCGCCGAGGCAUCGACGACAACAGCAAUCAAGAGUUUGACGCAGUCAAGUUGUACAAUUUCACUACCUUUGACAUCAUGGGCGAUCUCACCUUUGGGGAACCUCUUGGUCUGCUGAAGAAUUCUUCGUAUACCGAAUGGGUCCAGAACCUUUUCCACGACAUCAAGACCGUUGGAAUAUUUCUCUUCAUCUUCGACUUUCCCCCACUCCCGUGGCUAGUUAGAAAGUUCUCGCCACCAUCAAUCCAAAGGGCCCACGAGAUCCAUAAGAGGCACACUGUUGAGCGUGUCAAUCGGCGGCUCGAAAGAGGCCUUGAUCGACCAGACAUCUGGAACCUGGUUCUUAGUCAGCCAGAAGGACGAGGCCUAACACGCGCUCAGAUGCAUGCUAAUGCGGACAUCUUCAUGAUCGCUGGUACAGAAACGACCGCUACACUGCUUAGCGGUCUGACUUACUUGCUACUGAAGAACCCUGAAAAGUUACAAAAGCUCGUCAAGGAAAUCCGUGGCAGCUUUGGGUCUAGUGAGGAGCUUACUGUUGAGAAUCUUGCCAGGCUGCCGUAUCUCAGUGCGUGCCUCAGCGAAGGGUUACGCUGUUAUCCACCUGUUCCCAUCGGGCCCUCUCGCCUCACGCCCAAGACUGGAGCCGAAGUGCUCGGAGAGCACAUUCCAGGUCGCAUCCGACUUACGAUACCACAAUGCGCGGCGUAUUACUCCGAAUUGAACUUCAAAGACCCGUAUUCUUUCAUUCCAGAGCGAUGGCUCCCAGAUACUGGAUAUGAAAAUGAUCGGAAAGGUAUUCUGCAACCUUUUUUGAUUGGCCCCCGAAAUUGCAUUGGACAGAACUUAUCAUCAGAUGCGCCUGAUUCUUUGUAA